CAUACAUUCAUUCAGUCAGUUUUCAGUUUUUCCACAAUGACAAGUUACUUCGACCAGCUGUGAAAUAUCUUAAAAUUGCGUCUCAAUUAAUAACAAUUGCGCUUUAAAACAUUACCCGUCUUUGUUCUUAUUCGGUAUUUACUAAGAUCUGAAGAAUAAAAGUUCGAAAUGGCAUACGCUUACUUGUUCAAAUACAUCAUCAUUGGGGACACAGGUGUGGGCAAAUCAUGCCUGCUGCUACAGUUCACCGACAAGAGGUUCCAGCCGGUGCAUGAUCUCACCAUCGGAGUGGAGUUCGGAGCCCGCAUGAUCACCAUUGAUGGCAAGCAGAUCAAACUGCAAAUUUGGGACACGGCUGGACAGGAAGCAUUCAGGUCGAUCACCCGGUCAUACUACCGCGGCGCGGCGGGAGCGCUCCUCGUGUACGACAUCACGCGGCGGGACACCUUCAACCACCUCACCACGUGGCUGGAGGACGCGCGCCAGCACUCAAACUCCAACAUGGUCAUUAUGUUAAUCGGCAACAAGAGCGAUCUGGAGUCGCGGCGCGAAGUGAAGAAAGAAGAGGGUGAAGCGUUCGCCCGCGAGCACGGUCUAGUCUUCAUGGAGACCUCCGCGAAAACGGCUGCCAACGUGGAGGAGGCCUUCAUCAACACCGCUAAAGAGAUCUACGAGAAAAUCCAGGAGGGAGUCUUCGACAUUAACAAUGAGGCGAACGGCAUCAAGAUCGGGCCCCAGCACGUUGGCGGCGGCGCGGCGGGCGGCGCGGGGGGCGCGGGCGCGGGCGGCGCCACGCCGGGCGGCUGCUGCUAGGCGCGCGCCUGCACACGCUGAGGCCGGGCGAGCUGCCAGGGCACACCGACACAAGGAAUGGCGCAGCUGUGUGCAACGAACAUUGGUACGAAAUUUACUGCAGAACAGAUCAUGUAUUAGAUUUUUUUAAUGCUGCAAAUUCGCUUGCAUCCGGACACUCACUUUAAAAUGGUAUCAUGCCGCUCGGGCACUUGUAAUACUUAAUAGUACAUAUUAAACAGUGGAAUGAAAAUGACUUAACAUUCGGAUGGUUCACGUUGAAAUCUCGGGGGUGCUAACUUUAACUAAUUGUGUAGCUUAACUUCAAACUCGGACAAAUCCAUUCGACCCUCUUAGGUAACAUCUACUCUAUUACCUUUACUUAAUACCAAUAUCACAAAAUCUGACAGUUGGAUUUAGCCGAGUUUGAAGUUAAGCGACUCAUAUACUUAUAAAUAAAUAAUAAAAUAAAUAAAUAUUAUAGGACAUUCUUACACAGAUUGACUAAGUCCCACGGUAAGCCCAAGGAGGCUUUUGUUAUGGGCACUCAGACAACGAUAUAUAAAUAUAAUAUAUAAAUACUUAAAUACAUAGAGAAAACACCCAUGACUCAGGAGCAAAUAUCUGUGCUCAUCACACAAAUAAAUGCCCUUACCGGGAUUCGAACCCAGGACCAUCGGCUUCACAGGCAGGGUCACUACCCACUAGGCCAGACCGGUCGUCGAAACUCGUCGUACUUAUAGUAUUUGUUAGGGCUGCUUUCCAUACUAGUUAGUUAGCCUUUUGAUUUGAUGGACGUCGAGAUUUCUUUGCAAGUAGCUCUUAUAAUAAAGAUAAUUUUGCCCAAGUAUGAAAUUCCUAUGUAACAUAUGUUUCACAUACAUACAAAUGUAUAGAAAAAUAAGAGGUGAUCCAGAAAACAAUGUUUAACCAAAAACUACCAAACAUGUAUGGAACACAGAUUAUGGAUUUUGCAAGACUAUUUAACUAUAACCACUUCAUUAGCAUUACGGGUUUCGAUAAUAGUCAAAACUACUUGGCGAUACAAAAGGUUGACUCGAUUUAUAGAAAUAAUUAGUACUGGAUAAUUAAAGUCUCAAAUUAGCUCGUCUCUCCUGUCUGGUCUCAUAGUGGCCGUGAGUCUUGUUUACUAGAUAAAUAAACGUUUAUCCACUAUGUUGACCAGAAAGUGAGUAACUGGCCUUAAUACUUAGUAAUGGUAAGACUUACAGUACGAGUCAAGUAUGUACCUACUCUACGACUAUACCUAUAUGUAUAAGGGCAUUCUUAGAAAAAAGUAAAAAGUAUGCGUUUUUCUGAAAAUUUCCAUUUGUUUUGUUUGUAUUUCUAAUUUCUCACAUUCAGUAUUGCAUCCCCCAAUUUGGCAAGCUACGAAUAUUUAUGGACCAGAUAUACGAAUGUUAUUAGUUGUGAUUUUAUAUGUGCAGUGUUAGAGUUGUUAGACUCUCAUAAGGGAAUGAAGCUAUGUAUUUUGUGUAUUUAAUUUUAGAAGUUUCACAUUACAUACAUCGCAUUUAUUUACCAAAAACGUAUCCUUAAACCUUCCUUACGUUUUUUUAUUUGAAUUUCAUCUAAUUUGUUGUGAUAAACAUAGUAUUUUAUUUACAUAACAAAAAUAAUAAUUUUAUAUGGAUGUAAAAAUCAUAGUUAAUUCUGUAUAUUUAAAUUUUAAUUGGGCAGGUCUAACUAUUUAUUAAACAGGGAGUUAUAUGAAAUAUGUAUUCAUGUGUUUUAAUGUGUAAUUAAGCAUUUUGUACAAUAGAUAAAUAAUCUUUUGUUAGCUAUGUGUAAUGUGUAUAUUGAUUUAGACUCUGGUGUGACUAAAUUUACAUAAUCUUUUACAUGCCUUGCUUUGAAUUAUUGCCAAAUUUGAUACACAGUUUUCAAUAAUCAAAAUAUUUGAUAUAAAAUAAGAUAAAUUUUAACAUCUUCCUAAGAAUCAUCGAGUGGUAAAAAUGUAAUCAAAUGAGAGGACUGCUUGCAAGGUAAGAAAGACAUGUUUACAUAAUAGGUUAUUUUAAGUUUAGCACAUUGUAAUGAUGUAAUAUUUUGUAAGGUUACAAUAUGCAAAUACACACUUGUAAGGUGUAAUUCAUGAGAGUAAAUGUUAAAAAACAUAA